UUUAAUGUUAGCCCCCAUGAAAAACGACAGCCGGAAUUGCAUGACAUGUGCACCGAGUAAAUCCCCAUGGGAACGAUGGAGAAUUUGUGAUCCUUCUCUUUCCUGAUUUCAACGUGCUUCAAAACCCCUAACAAGCUGGACAAAUCUCCGAGAGUUAAUUAGCCCUCGAGCUUCUCUUUCUCCGUGUGUUGACCUUUUUUUUUCCGGUUGCCAUGGUUGUGGAAGCCGGUACGCCAAUGCUGCAACUCUUGUCGCCCGGAAGAACUACGGAAUGCAGGCGUUGGAGAGAUUUUAUUCUAGCUUAUAGGACACUGGGAGUAGUGUUUGGUGGUCUAGUCACAUCUCCUCUCUAUGUUUAUCCUUCCAUGAACUUGGAUUCCCCAACAGAAGAUGAUUAUUUGGGUAUUUAUAGCAUCAUGUUCUGGACUCUAACUCUAAUUGGGGUGGUCAAGUACGUCCUCAUUGCUCUUAAAGCUGAUGAUAAUGGUGAAGGUGGCACUUUUGCGCUGUAUUCACUGCUAUGUCGGCAUAUCAAUAUUGGCAGUCAUCCAUCAAGAAGUGUCAGCUCAAGCACAUAUAUUUCACAUUCUAGUCAUUCCAUGAACUCUAGGACAAGUAAUUUAGGGAAGUUUUUUGAGGAAAGUAUUACCGCAAAAAGGAUAUUGCUUUUCAUAGCAAUGCUGGGGAUGUGCAUGCUUAUUGCUGAUGGCAUACUUACACCUGCUAUUUCAGUUUUAUCAGCAAUUGAUGGAGUUAGAGGACCGUUUCCUUCGGUAAGCGCAUCUGUUGUGGAAGCUCUUUCUGUCAUUGUAUUGCUAGCGCUUUUCCUUUUACAAAAGCAUGGUACUUCAAAAGUGAGUUUUCUCUUUUCCCCGAUAAUGGCCACCUGGACUUUGACUACACCAAUUAUUGGUAUAUAUAGCUUUUUGCGACAUUAUCCAAGCAUAUUCAAAGCUUUGUCACCUCAUUAUAUAGUCUACUUUUUUCUAAGAAAUAGAAGAAAAGGUUGGGAAUGGCUUGGAGGAACUGUUUUAUGCAUUACAGGCGCAGAAGCAAUGUUUGCUGAUCUAGGACAUUUCAACAAAAGGUCAAUUCAGAUGGCUUUCCUUUUCACUAUAUAUCCUUCAUUGGUUCUCACAUAUGCCGGGCAAACGGCCUAUCUAAUCAAGCAUCUCGAUGAUCACGCCGAUGGGUUUUACAAAUUUGUGCCUCAACCAGUCUAUUGGCCUGUGUUUGUAAUUGCAACACUAGCUGCAAUUGUCGCAAGCCAAUCUUUAAUAUCUGCCACCUUUUCUGUUAUUAAGCAAUCAGUAGGUCUGGAUUACUUUCCUCGUGUCAAGGUGGUUCACACAUCCAAACACAAAGAGGGUGAGGUUUACUCUCCUGAAACCAACUACAUCCUCAUGGUCCUCUGUAUAUUGGUUAUACUCGGUUUCGGUGAUGGGAAAGAUAUCGGGAAUGCAUUCGGCGUUGUGGUUAUUGUUGUCAUGCUCAUCACCACACUUCUAUUGACUUUAGUUAUGAUCAUCAUCUGGAGAGCCCCAAUCUUUCUAGUCAUGCUAUACUUUAUUCCCUUUUUCAUAAUGGAAAGUGUCUAUGUAAGUGCAGUUUUUACAAAGAUUCCAGAAGGAGGUUGGUUUCCAUUUCUUGUAUCCAUCAUCCUCGCAUUUAUGAUGUUUGUGUGGUACUAUGGUAGGCAGAAAAAGAUAGAAUAUGAGUUGAGAAACAAAAUAUCAAUAGAUAGCUUCAAUGACCUCUUAUCAUCCUUGGAGGUCCAAAGAGUCCCAGGGCUGUGCUUCUUCUAUAGUAAUAUCCAGGAUGGGCUUACCCCAUUACUAGGGCACUAUGUGAGAAACACUAGAUCUUUGCAUAAGGUGACUAUUAUUGUCACUUUCAGGUAUUUAUUGGUGCCAAAAGUGAAUCCUCAAGAGAGAAUCACCAUACGGAAUUAUGGAAUUGAAGGCUUAUAUGGUUGCAUAAUUCAAUAUGGAUAUGCUGAUUCCUUCAUUGUGGAGGGAGAUGAUUAUAUCUCCUCCGUUAUAAAUAGUUUGGAAGAGCUUAUCAGAAAUAGUUUCGAUGGACGGUAUUCCAAUUCUCCUGAAGAGGAGAUUUCUCAGUUGGCAAAUGCAAAAGUGGUUGGACUUGUUCAUGUUCGUGGAAAGACUAGGUUUCAUGUAGGUAUUCAGACCAGCUUGUCUGAUAGGAUUUUACUCGGCUUUUAUGAGUUUAUGCAUGGCAAUUGUAGAUCUGCAUUGCCUGCUUUGGCAAUUCCGCUACAGCAGAUCAUGGAAAUUGGCAUGCUUUACAAUACCUGAAUUGCAUUGCAGAGGCCUUGUAAUCACCAUAUGUUGCAUGCAUUUGAUAUUCUAGAAUUGAUUGUACUAUAUGUAAUUCUAUAUACAUAUACAUAUGUGGAAUUUAGAAAUGCAAAAUUGUGGAAGUUAGUAUA